AUAAAAUUAAAAGCAUAAAAAUAACUUAUAUUAAUUAAAUAAAAUUGAUACAGAAUUUGAUCUACCAAUAAUGGAUAAUGUAAACAAAAAGCAAAAUAUUCAUAAUGAUAAAGAGAAAGAAAAAGAGAACGAAAGAAAAAAUUUGGAUCAAGGAAUUUCUAAAGAAUCAGAUUUAGAUGUAUUAUAUACAACUCGAUUAGAUUCUACAAGUCAGGAAGAUGUUGAAAAAAAGAUUCAGUGUCUGAAGCAUUUAUUGGAAAAGGAUCUAAGAGCAGCUGAUUUAAAAUGGUCCUUAUUUGUAGCAGCUUGCAAUACAUAUCGUUACGAUACUUGCUUAAAACCAUUUCCAUCAAUGUAUAUAAAAAAUGAAUGCAAAGACAUUGAAGCUCUGAGGAGAGCAAUAGAAAUAAUUCCUCCAUUGGCUGUAAUAUUUAAAGCAUUAUCAGAACAAGAUGUAUAUGAAAGAUAUGGAACAGCUAUAGACUUAUUACAUUGGGUUUUAGUACGUUUAAGAGACCCUUAUAUAAAAAGUAUUAAAAAAGAAAGUUAUGAUUCAAUAUUGAGAAAAGUACCUUCAGAAAUGUCAGUAGUUGCACCAAAUUUAAUAUUCCAAGUUACAAGUACAAAACAAUCCACUUCAGAAGACAGAUGGAAAACAAUUGCUGAAGGACAUUCAACUUUUUAUGCUUAUCAUGGUAGUCGGUUAGAGAAUUUUCAUUCCAUUGUACAUUAUGGUUUACAACAGAGUAUGUGUAAGAAGUCAUUGUUUGGUAAAGGAAUAUAUCUUUCAAGUGAAUUAGGUGUAAGUUUACCGUACAGUCCAGUUGGCUAUGGAUGGGGAGGUAGUGUACUAGGAAGUGAAAUGAGUUGUAUAGCUUUAUGUGAACUAAUUAAUCAUGCAGAUGUAAAAAUUGGAGAUUCAGAAAAUAAUGCUAGAAAUUUAGUCACAGAUUCCACAGGUGGAAGAGUUCCAAAUAAAUAUUAUUUGGUAACAAAUAGUGAAUUAAUAAGAGUACGUUAUCUUCUUAUUUACAGUCAACAAAUUCAUGCCACAAGAUGUACUGAUAAUAAAGGAUUAUUGGCAUGGUUCAAGCAACAUAAAUUAUUAACAUUUGUGCUUGGCUAUGUGGUACUAUUGGCUUCAGUUGGUCUGACUCAUAAUAAACAAGUUGAAAAAUAUUAUAAAUUAUUUGCUCAAAAAGUUGGACUGGAAUAAAAAAGACUUUUUAUAUGAUGAGUUAUCCAUCUAAUAAUAUAAUACAUUAAGAUAAAAAUUGUUUUUUUAUAUUUUUCAUUGAAUGAAAUUUAACAUAAAAUUGCAUUUAUUGUAAUAAAUA